AUCUCUGUGGAUAAGCUCUUCUUCUUCUUCUUCUACUUCCCACUGUCAAAACCUCAAUUCAAUUGCAAAAGGCUCUCAGCGAAAGCGUCGAUGGAGGUGGUGACAAGCACCAGCAGCAGCAGCAUGAGCAUCAAGCGCUUCCUCAAGGAGAAAGGCUUCGACGAGCAGAGCAUCGACAAGAUGCUCACAAAAUGCAAACACCUAGAAAACGCCCAAACCGACGUCGCAUCGCAGAACUGGGACUACUUAACCAACACCGUCGGGAUACAAGACCGUAAGCUCCCUUACAUCGUCUCCCGCUGCCCCAAGAUCCUCACUUUACGCCUCCACGAGCGUCUCGUCCCCAUGUUCGAGUGCCUCUCCUCCCUCGGAAGAAACCCGCGUGAAGUCACCUCGGCCAUCACCAAGUUCCCUCCCAUUCUCGCUCACAGCCUCGAGGAGAAGCUCUGCCCUCUCCUCGCCUUCUUCCAAGCGCUGGGAGUCCCUGAGUCCCACCUCGGGAAGAUACUCCUUUUCAACCCGAGGCUUAUCAGCUACGGGAUCGAGACCAAGCUUGCUGUUAUAGUCAGCUUUCUCGCUAGCAUUGGCCUUGAUAAAGAUAGUGGUGUGAUCGGUCAGGUUCUGGUUAAGCACCCUUUUCUCAUGGGUUACAGCGUCGAGAAACGGCUGCGUCCUACGACCGAGUUCUUGAAAUCGUGUGUUGGUUUGAGUGACGAUGGGGUUGUGUCUGUGUUUGUGAACCACCCGCAAGUUGUGUGCAGGGACGUUGGUAAGAUACUCAGACCGAACUAUGAGUAUUUGAAGGAGUGUGGGUUUGGUGAUGCGCAGAUUGCGAGUAUGGUGGCUGGUUACCCUCCUGUUUUGAUAAAGAGUGUUGGGAACUCGCUAAGGCCUAGGAUCAGGUUCCUGGUGGAUGUGAUGGGGAGAGGGUUGGAUGAGGUGGCUAGUUAUCCUCAGUUUUUUCAGCAUGGGUUGAAGAAGAAGGUGGAAUCGAGGUAUAAAGUUGUUAAGAAGAGUGAUGUUGACUGCAGCCUUAGAGAUAUGUUGGACUGUAACAAUAAGAAGUUCCAUGAAAAGUUUGGCGUUUUAAGAGUUUAAAAAGUGAUCUUCUUCUAGUUUUGCUUCUUCAUCAGUCUCUCUUUCUCUUUGUAAGCUAUAUUCGCUUUUGCUUCACCAAUCCUGUUAGUUAUUAUGUAUCAUUGAUUCUAUAUUGUUAUUUGCAUUUUUUCUAUCA